AUGGUUUCGCCAGCACUCGAAGUGAUGAGCCCAACGAAUUCGCUAAUACGUCGGAUUCGUAGGGCCGACGCCGUCGGCAGAUUCCGUGCUCGUCAUGACGGAUACGCCUGGCUAUUCGGACAGAUCCACGUGAAGCACCUGCUGCUUGUUACACAUAUCGUCUUUCUGAUAAUCUCGCUUUGGCUAAUGUGGCAAAUUGGUGUAGCUGACUUCACUGGGUUGCAAAUUCCUGGAUUGGACGGAUUUUCACCAUUCGAUCUCCAUCAUCAAUUUCAAUUCGACCAUGCACAGGAGUGGGAGUCGAUCUAUGUCUCCACCUCUCCAAAUAUUCAGAAACCUUACCUCAACGUUUCGCGGAACGUUGCAUCAGCACUUAGCUAUUUGUUUUUCUUCAGCGCAUUGAUGGGUUUUAUGGUACUCUCAUCAAUGCAUGGUGCGUGGCAGCGUGGUGUUCUGGUGUCGUUAUUCCGUAUCAAUCUGGCCUUCUUCCUAAUUCCACUACUUUUUUGCGUGGUAACGCUAGGCGCUGGUUUUCUGUUAUGCUGUAUUCGUAGUUUCCGCAUGCAGCUUCAGCAGAUUUCUGAAAGCCGAACUGAUCAAGCCGUUACUUUUCUCAUAAUUGAUGCAAUUCGUUUCACUUUCUUGCCAUGCGCUGUAAUGUGGAUAGUGUACUUGUAUUAUGUCUAUGGCUGCGUGCUUAGUUUUCUUUAUGUGUACCGUCAUUCUUCGGAUUGGUCUUCACUGAAACGUGACAUCGCAGCCACAAGGGGUUCGGUAACAGCCGAGAAGAAAGCCUGUGACAAAGAGGUAAUUACCCAUCAUCCGGUUACCUGUUGCCUCGAAAUUGGUCGUUAUCCGUCCACCGAGACUGGCGCAUUGCAGAGGAUUCCUAUCCACUACAUGCGCACAUGGAGUAGAGAAUAUAGUUUCAAAUGGCGUACUGGUGUUGAGACGCAUUUUUUCGAAAAGAUGUUCGUUGUAGUUAAUUUGCACAUUGAGGUUUUAUUUGCUGUCCUAGUUUUUAACGGCAUUGUUGUUGCCACAUGGAGAUUACUGAAAUUGAACAUGUCAUCCAUGUCGUUUAUCCUUGCUGUGCUCUCUGUAAUCAUACUGGCAUUAUUCAUUGUGGCGGAGAUGGUGCUUCAUAUUGCUACAGUAAUCUAUGUAUGUCGCCGAUAUGAUUUCAAAAGGACAAUGAGUGUUCAGGAUAUUGAUUUCGCAGUUAAAUCAGAACUUAACAAGAAUCUAACAGCUGCCUUACCAGCAAAACUAAAGUACAAAUAUGACUGCAUGUCGUUACUGUCAUCAAUUGAGGAUUCCUCGAAAUUCUCCAGAAUUUCAAGGCAAAGUCCAGGUAUGCCAGUCAGCUCGUCAAACUAUGCCCGUUUGCGUUCUUCGUUUUUGUCCAGCGCUGAUCGCACUUACCUUUCCGACUAUGACGCUCUUCAAAGCGUAUUUAAACCCAAUGAUUCAAAUUGGUCAGAUCGCUCGAGUAAUUUCAACAGUAUAACCUAUGCUAUACCUAGCACGUGCCGACGUGCCCAAGAAGAUAAUCACUGUUUCAAUCUCUAUGGAUAG